CGCCGUACAGAGGAGAAAGGACUUUUCGGCAGAGCGCGUGCGCGGUGUAACGCGAGCUCGCGGGGUGGCCGUUUUUUCCGUCACUCACUCACUGGGGCGGCGCGGGGGCGUGCUGCUGGGGCAGAGUUCGGUAGCGCCGCGUUAUGGGCUGACAAGGCUUCGAACGAGAAUUGAAGCUGACUGAGCCGCAGAUACUUCAACCUAUUUCUGAUCGUUUAAGUGGUGUCUGACAAGGACCUCUUUGUCUUGCUAAUCAAGAAGAGUACUGCAACAGGAACUUAGGAUUUAUUAAUUCCAAGUUGUUAAAAUACUAACUGCGAUGUUGGUAUUAAAGCAUUUCUUCAUAUCCUAGUGGUUGUCCUGCAUGCAACACACUUCCUAAUAUAUUUCUCUGUUCAUAAUGCAACUAAAUGGAAGAAAAUGUUACGUUAAACAUGUGUGAAGGUAAUUCGUUUCAUGUUCGUUACAGAAUGGAAGCUUCUUGCCUGGAGCUUGCCUUGGAAGGGGAGCGGUUGUGUAAAGCAGGAGACUGUCAAGCUGGUGUUUCUUUCUUUGAAGCUGCGGUUCAGGUUGGAACAGAAGAUUUAAAAACACUCAGUGCGAUUUAUAGCCAGCUGGGCAAUGCCUAUUUCUACUUGCAUGAAUAUGCAAAGGCUUUGGAAUAUCACCACCAUGAUUUAACCCUUGCAAGGACCAUUGGAGACCAGCUAGGAGAAGCUAAAGCAAGUGGCAACUUAGGGAAUACCUUAAAGGUCCUUGGGAAUUAUGAGGAAGCUAUUGUCUGCUGUCAGAGGCACCUUGACAUUUCCAGAGAGCUCAGUGACAAGGUUGGAGAAGCAAGAGCUCUUUAUAACCUCGGUAAUGUAUAUCAUUCCAAGGGUAAAAGUGUAGCCUGUGCAGGUACCCAUGAUCCGGGGGAAUUUCCAGAUGAUGUUAAAACUGCAUUGCGGAAAGCUGCAGAUUAUUAUGAAGAGAACUUGACAAUAGUGAAAGAGCUGGGUGACAGAGCAGCCCAGGGACGUGCCUAUGGAAACCUGGGAAAUACACAUUAUCUUUUGGGCAAUUUCAGAAGUGCUGUUAUGGCCCAUGAACAGCGCCUUUUAGUUGCAAAAGAAUUUGGUGACAGAGCUGCAGAAAGAAGAGCGUACAGCAAUCUUGGAAAUGCCUAUAUUUUCCUUGGAGAAUUUGAAACUGCUGCUGAAUACUACAAGAAGACACUGCAGCUUGCCCGGCAGCUGACAGACAGGGCUGUAGAAGCACAAGCAUGUUACAGCCUUGGAAAUACGUAUACUUUACUUCAAGAUUAUGAAAAGGCCAUAGACUAUCACCUGAAACAUCUGGCAAUUGCUGAAGAAUUGCACGAUAGAAUUGGUGAAGGAAGAGCAUGCUGGAGUUUAGGGAAUGCAUACACAGCACUGGGGAACCAUGAUCAAGCUUUGCAUUAUGCAGAAAAACAUUUAGACAUUUCAAGAGAGGUGGGAGAUAAAACUGGAGAAUUAACAGCUAAACUUAACCUCUCAGACCUUCAAAUGGUUCUUGGACUAAGUUUCAGCACAAACAACUCUGUAAUGGGAGAACAUCAUGUUCUAGAUAAUAGCUUGAGUGGCAGUAGACCCCGGGUAGGACGUCGUCACAGUAUGGAAAAUAUGGAACUUAUGAAGCUAACCCCAGAAAAGGUUCAGGACUGGAACAGUGAAAUUCUAGCCAAACAGAAAGCACUACUUCCCAAACCUUCAGCAAAACUACACUUUGUAAAUCGAUUAAAAGGCAAAAAAUAUAAAAACAUUGCUUCUUCCAAAGUUCUUCAAGAUGCUAGUAAUUCUAUUGACCACCGACUUCUAAGUUCUCAGAAGAAAAACAGCCCUGAUGUGCCUGGUGACGAAGGGUUCUUUGAUUUGCUAAGCCGAUUUCAGAGCAACAGAAUGGAUGAUCAGCGAUAUUGUUUCCAGGACCAGAACAGACUGACAGCUGCAGCAUCUCCCACUCAAUCAAGAACAAUGAAAAAAUCCUUUUCUACUUCCAUGGUCUCACCUCACACAGAUGAUUUCCUAGACUUACUUGCUAGUUCUCAGAGCAGACGUCUAGAUGAUCAGCGAGCCAGCGCCAGCAAUUUACCAGGACUUCGUCUUAAUCAACAUAAUAAUCAGUCAGUUCUUAGCCAUUUGAUGGCCAGCAGCAACAGUGAACCAGAAGAUGACUUCUUUGAUAUCUUAAUAAAAUGUCAGGGUUCUAGGCUAGAGGAUCAGAGAUGUGCACCACCACCAAGCAUCGCAAAAGGACCCACUGUACCUGAUGAAGACUUCUUUAGCCUUAUUUUGAGAUCACAGGGAAAGAGAAUGGAUGAACAGAGAGUUUUCCUACCCUCUGCUUUAAGGAUGCCAACUUCUAGCUAAUGGACUUCUUGGAAAGCACACUGGAGAACAAAAAAUCAGGGGAUCAUAUAGUACUGUAACACUUGUUUUGUUUUAUAUGCAGGAAAUGAUGCUUCGAAGGGGAAAAUACAAAAAUAAAGCUAGGAUAUUCAGAAUACUAUGUAAACUUACAUGGGCUAUGGUACUGUCAUUUGCUCUCACUGUUAGAUCAGAUGUCUUAAUGUUUGUAAGAUGCCAGCUGUAUAUAGUGCAUUGUUCCUAUUCUCCAUCUCUCUGUAAAUAUACAAUUUUUGUUUGAUAGUUGGUUGUAGCACUUAAGGUACUUUUUAUCAGAGGCUUGUGAUCCCCCCCCCCCCCCAAAUUAUGUGAUUAAAUUGACAAACUAGAA